GCCUCCCUCUCUGCUCCCCCUGCGCCCGCGCCCCGCGCCCCGCGCCCGCCUCCCUGGCCCGGCCUGGCCUGGCCGGGCGCUGCCCACCCGAGGGAGCCCGCGCCCCGAGCCCGCCCGACCCUCCGCCCGCCCCACAAGCCGGGCACCUGUGCCAGCUCUGGAUCAUUUCCAGCUUGAAGACCUGGUUUCCUCCUCUUGGCAAACAGCUAUCAUGGUGCUGUGAAGGCCUCGGAGACCACCACAGCCCAUCCCUCACCUGCCACAGGAGGGCAGCACCUGGCUCAAGGGCAGACAGAUUCAGGCCAGAGAGCAGGCAAGGGAAGAGCAGGAAGCCCCAUUGAAUUAACUGACAAGGGUCCUGCAGAACAAGCAUCAUGAGUAUUUCAGCCCUCGGAGGCAGUUCCAAAGGGAAGCCUCUGCCACCAGGUGAGGAGGAGCGCAAUAACGUCCUCAAGCAGAUGAAGGUGCGAACCACACUGAAGGGGGACAAGAGCUGGAUCACCAAGCAGGAUGAAUCAGAGGGCCGCACCAUAGAGCUGCCCUCAGGCCGGAGUCGUGCCACAUCCUUUACAUCAGCUGGGGAGGUCGCCAAGGCCAGGCCUCCAAGCACAAGGGCUCCCACUGGCUACAUCAUUCGGGGUGUGUUCACCAAGCCCAUUGACAGCUCGUCCUUGCCCCAGCAGCACUUCCCUAAAGCCGAUGGAGCUCCGAAAAGAGCGGCCGGUCUGGUGAGAGCAGCUAGCACCGGCCCCCCCCACCCUUCAUACUCUGGGUACAAGAUGACCACUGAGGAUUACAAGAAGCUGGCACCCUACAACGUGCGGCAUAGCUCAACAUCAGGGGAUGCUGAGGAGGAGGAGGGGCCCUUCUCACUGGAUGAACAGAAACGGAGGUCAGAGGCCGCAAGCAGCGUGCUGAGGAAGACAGCCUCCCGGGAGCACUCCUAUGUCCUGUCGGCGGCCAAGAAGAGCACUGGUAGUCCUACCCAGGAGACACAGGCGCCAUUUAUCGCGAAGAGAGUUGAACUGGUGGAUGAGGACGGGCCUUCUGAGAGGAGCCAGGACACGCCUGCUCUGGCAAGAUCCACUCCUGGCUUGAGCAGCUCAAGAAGUGGGGAAAUUGUCCGCCUGCAGAUCAUGACACCCAGGGCGGGACUCCACCUGGUAGCCCCGGACCUAGAAGGCAUGAGAUCUUCCCCAGGUCACAAAGACAAGGAGGCGCCCUGCCUUGGAGAACUCCAGAGAGACUUGGCUGGUGAAGAGGCUGUCAGGGGCCCCAACAAAGACUCUGAAAGCUCAGGGGCACAGUGGAGUGGUGGCAGCGUGGGAUCCGGAGCCACAGGGUCCCCACCUGCAGGCCUGGCUGGAGCAGACGUUGCCUCUGAGAGAGAAGGUGCCAGUGCCACGUGGAUCUCUUCUAUCCCAGCUGAUAGGAAGAGCGACAACACAGAAGAUGUGGAAGACACAAAGGAAUAUUCAAAGGGCACCUUGGAUGGUUAUGAGAAGAAUGCGGCCACAGAGGUUGGAGAGGCUUCGCAGGAGAGGCUGGGAGCCCUGACUGGUGGCCAGGGAGACUGUGCUGUACCCAGCCAGCAACCUGCAGAUCCCAGCACCCCAGAGCGACAGGGCAUCCCCAGCGGACCUGAGCAGCUCAUUGGAUUGGACGGCUGUGGCAGCAGCAGCACCUUGGAUGGUUAUGAGAAGAACAUGGCCACAGAGGUUGGAGAGGCCUCGCAGGAAAGGCCUGGAGCCCCUAGCAAUGGCCAGGGAGACCCUGCUGUACCCACGCAGCAACCUGCAGAUCCCAGCACCCUAGAACUACAGGGAAGACCCAGGGAACCCCAGCGGCUCGUCGGACUGCACGGCUAUGGCAGCAGUGUGAGAAGCCCCUCAAGCUGCAUGGUCACUGUUACCACCACUGCCCCUUCUGAGCAGCCUCACGUUUAUAAUCCAGUCCCCCCAGGUGAAUUGGACUCCAGCUCGGCCAUUAAAGGGGUCCUCUUCGUGAAGGAGUACAUCAGUGCUAGCGAAGUGUCCUCUGGGAGGCUGUCGUCUUCACGCUGUGGCAGCAUCAGCAGCAUUGAGGAUGUGUUUGACAUGGAGAAGAAAGCCCCAUAUGACAGCACCCUGUAUUCUGAGAGAACAACUGGUGGGAUUUGUACUUACUGUAACCGUGAGAUCCGAGACUGUCCAAAGAUUACCCUAGAACAUCUCAGCAUCUCCUGCCAUGAAUAUUGCUUUAAGUUAGGAAAGAAAGCGGAUACCCAGGGCCACAGCAUCAUGGCAAUCAUUUGAGGUCCCCAUUCUCCAUGGUAUGAAGCACUUUUGCCAGCCCAGAUAGAGUUCUUUCCUGUGGAUCUAGAGGUGAUCUUCCUAAAUCAGUGGUUCUCAAUCUUCCUAAUGCUGUGACCAUUUAAUAUAGUUCCUCAUGUUGUGGUGACCCCCAACCAUAAAAUUUUUUUCAUUGCUACUUCAUAACUGUAAUUUUGCUACUGUUAUGAAUCAUAAUGUAAAUAUCUGAUAUUAGGCGACCCCUGUGAAGGGGUCAUUCGACCCCCAAAGGGGUCGCGACCCACAGGUUGAGAACCGCUGUCCUAAAUAGAUCAGCAACAUCAGUCAGUCAAGUUGAGGCUCAAAUCCUGUUUCACAGUAACCAAAGAGACAGAAACAUAAUACAUGAAUCAGAGGGCUGAUUAGUUUACAAGGAAAAGUAAAACUACCAGGAGGUAGGAAUUGAAAAGUCAAAAUAGCCAGGCUGGUUGCCAUCAGCAAGGUGCAGAGUAAGAACAAACAAAAUGGUUUGGAGGAUCCCAGCAGCCCCUCUCUGUGCUUCUCAGCACCCUUGGGGAGCUUGAAGCCAGAGCCUGGAGAGGUCUUGAGAUCUAGACAGAUACAGAGACUCCUGGAAUCCUCUCCUUUGAGACUGCAGGCCAUGCCACCCUGUCCCACAGUGCCAGAAGGGAGCCCGGCUGCCCAUGGCUGGCUGUUCUCCUCUCCCCAGUUGGUCUUCCUGGGAAGGCAGGUUGGAGAGCCUUGAGGUUGGAGGGGCUGGGCUGCUGAAGUAGCCUUCCCUUUAAUGGGACUUGUCAUAGCAUCUUUCUUGGGACCCUAAACAUCAUCAUUAAUGUUCUCCCAGGCCCUCCUACUACAGCAAUGACCACUGACAUUUACCGAGCACUUAUUUUAUGCUUGGCCCCAGGCUGAGUGCUCUGCAUGGACUGAGUCACCAAAUUCUCCCAGUGACAUUGGGGAGUACAUCUUGACAGUAGGCCUAUUUUAUAGAUGAGGAAAUGGACACUGGGAGGGUUUUGGUGACUUGCUCAGGCUCAUGUAGCUAAUGAGUAAUGGAGUCACGGCUCAACCCUGGGCUGAAUUUUGAAAAUAUGUGAUCAUUCUGCCAGCUACUUUUUGUGGGAUUUUAGUUUGGGUUUUACUUCUGGGUUUUGCCAUUUUUUAAUUGACUGCUUGGACAUCCAGGAUGUGACACAGGCUUGUAGCACCUGCCUGCCCACCUUGCUCAGGUGCCCUGUUCCUGCCCCAGCUGUUCCUGUCACUUUGCUUGGUGGGU